AUGAAGGCUACCGUCCUCUCGCUGCUGCUGCUCGGCCUCUGCCGGCCAAGUGCUGCUGCCGCUGAAGGUGCGAACACUGCUGCCCCUCCUUCUGGUGAUUUGGUCUGCCCGGCCCGCCGCCCCAACCCGCCUGCUUCUGCAUCUGCUUCUGCAUCUGCUUCUUCGGCUGCAGCCCUCGCUCAUUUUUCUGCUCUGGUACAUGCUGCUGCUGUAUCUCCUGCGUCUGUUGCGCCUACUUUCUCGGCAUCGGCCUCUUCUGUAUCAGUCGUCUCUUCCUCUGUCACUUCCUCGACCAGCCUCUCGACCAGCACUUCGCGUGGCAGCAGCAGCAGCAGCAGCAGCAGCAGCAGCACUGGCACGACGACGACCACUGCUAAUGCGUCUCCAGCCGUCACCGUCGCCUCGGAUGGAUCCGGCCAGUUCACCAACAUCAACUCGGCCAUCGCCUACGCCCAGGCCAAUGCCGUCCCUACCGUGACUGUCUUGGCCGGCACGUACACCGAGGCCAUCGCCAUCCAAGCCACCGCCGCCGUGACCAUCGUCGGCGAGACGGCCUCAACGGGCAAGACGUACUCGGACAAUCUCGUCACCAUCACCAACGGUGCCUCCGGUACCACCCCGCCCAUCAACUUCCUGACGAGCACCUCCAAGGGUGUCACCUGGAAGAACGUCAACAUUGCCAACGCCAAUGCCGCGUCCACCGCCGGCAUUGCCUUCCUGCGCGGUUCCAAGCACGCCUUUUACUCGUGCCAGCUCACCGCUGCUGGUAGCAUUGGAUUCGCCGGCAGCCACAAUUCUGGUCUCAUUGCCAACUCAUACGUCCAGGCCGCCGACAAGAUCUUCUCGUCCUUCGGCAGCUUCUACGUCUAUGGCUCCACCAUCACGGCCACCAACAACAAUGCCCUCGUCGUCUACAACAAGGGCUUCACCGACACCGCCUCGGGCAAGCUGUACAACUCCAACGUCGUCUUUGACACGUGCCAGAUCAUCCAGAAGGCCGGCACCACGAACAAGAAUGUCUUCCUGGCUGCCGCCAACGGUGUCGGCGUCGCCGUCGUCUGGCGCGAGACGUCCAUCGCCGGCUUCGUCGCCAACUCGGGCGUCUACGUCGACACCAACACCCAGGACGCCCGCAACACCUACAUCGAGUACGACACCACCGGCCCCGGCAGCUACGCGAACAAGGCCGCCGCCCGCGCCGCCUACGUCACCCUCGCCACCGACGUCGCCAAGCUUGCGCCCUAUGAGCUUUCCGCCUUCUACACGGGCCUGUAUCCCAGUGUGGCCGUCGCCGGCGUCGACUGGGUGGAUGCCGCCGUCUUGAGCUCGAUCCAGAGGAGCCCCUCUGGAUCCGCGACGACGAGUUCUGUUGCCCCUUCGUCGGCUGCUGCUUCGUCUGUUGCUGCUUCGUCGGUUGCUGCUUCGUCGGCUGCUGCUUCGUCUGUUGCUGCUUCGUCUAUUGCUGCUUCGUCUGUUGCUGCUUCGUCUGUUGCUGCCAGCGUCAGCGUUGCCUCGUCCGCUGCCAGCGUCAACAUUGCCUCGUCCGCUGCCAGCGUCAGCGUUGCCUCAUCCGCCGCCAGCGUCAGCGUUGCCUCGUCCGCUGCCAGCGUCAGCGUUGCCUCAUCCGCUGCCAGCGUCAACUCCGCCUCAUCUGCUGCCGCCAGCGUCAACUCUGCCUCGUCCGCUGCCAGCGUCAGCGUUGCCUCAUCCGCCGCCAGCGUCAAUGCUGCCUCAUCUGUCGCUCCCAGCGUCAACGCUGCCUCAUCUGUCGCCUCCAGCGUUAACAUUGCGUCCCUUGCUGCUGCUGUUGCCGCGCUGCCCGCCGACACGACGACGCAGCACAUUUACAUUCUGGCUGGCACGUACAAUGAGAAGGUCACGCUGACUCGCACCGGCGCCACCAUCCUUCGCGGUGAGACCGACAACGCUCUGUCCUCGUCGGCCAACAAGGUCACCAUCCAGAAUGCGGCCGGCGUUCUCUCCAGCGCAGGCGGCUCUGCUGGCACGGCCACAUUCUCGGCCAACAAGUACGAGGCCAAGUUUGUGACCUUCUACAACAUCAACUUUGAGAACACGUUCGCUCAGCAGACCAACAACAUCGCGAUUGCUGCCUACUCAAAGGGCACCAAGGUCGCCUUUUACGGCUGCAACGUCAAGUCUACCCAGGGCUCGCUGUACCUUGACUACGGUAACGUUUUCUUCAGCGGUGGUCGCAUUGAGGGCACCACAGACUUCGUCUGGGGUAUUGGCGCCGGCUACUUCUACAACUCGGUCAUCGUGUCCAGGGAGUCUACCAACACGGGCCAGACCAUCGCGGCGAACAGGUACCAGAACUCUUUUGGUGGCUCUCAGAUCGUCUUCGAUGGCUGCGCCAUUGUUCCCAAGGACAAGACCGUGCCUCAGCGGGGCACCUAUCUCGGCAGGGACUACAGCACCAACGCCCAGGUGGCUGUCGUCAACUCGUACCUUGAUGCCCACAUUUACCCCGUCGGCUGGAGGAUCGGAGCCCCCACCACGUUCAUUGGCACCUUUGCGGAGGCCAACAACACGGGCCCUGGUGCCGUGACCACUGCUCGUGCUUCUGUUGUCAAGCUGCUUGCUGACAACUCCGCCUACACCGUCAAGAAGGUUCUCGGCGACGACGCCUGGCUCGAUGCCCCUGCCAUUGCUCCCCAGCAAGCCUGGCCAGACUCGGUCUAUGCCGCGCCUGUCGUGACGACGACGUCUGCGACGACGACGAGCGCCCCGUCGGGCGCCAGCAGCGUCGCUCCGACUACCACUACCACCUCGGCUCCCUCCAACACCUUGACCGUUGCGCCCACUCCCGCGACUGGCGAGUAUGCCACUGUCGCGUCUGCCGUGGCGGCCCUCCCUGCGGACGGCAAGGAGUACACCAUCUUCAUCAAGGCUGGAUCGUACGAGGAGCAGGUCAGCAUUACGCGCCGUGGCAAGGUCACCCUCCGUGGUGAAACUUCUUUCGAGAAUGACUUCACCCAGAACGCCGUCCACAUCAAGUUCAGCCGUGGUGUGUCCACGAGCGCGGGACGCAACGAGGAGACACCCGUUCUCAACUGGAAGAACACCAACGGUGACGGCUUGGCCCUGUACAACAUCAACUUCACCAACACGUACCCUCAGCAGCCGAGCACAGCGGCGCUGGCCGGUGACUUCUUCGGCGCCAACAUGGCGGCGUACGGAUGUGCUUUCGAUGGUUUCCAGGAUACCCUUCUCGUCAACCAGGGUGUUCAGGUGUUCAGCAACAGCUACAUUGAGGGCAGUGUUGACUUUAUUUGGGGUUACAGCAAGGCUUACUUCCACCAAUGCUACGUCGCCUCCAACACCCCGAGGACGUACAUUACUGCCCAGAACAGACCCAAUGCCGCGUGGGCUGGUGGCUUCGUCUUUGACAAGUCCGUCAUCACCUACACCGAAAGCUACGGUACCAACUUCGGUACCGUUGCUCUGGGUCGUCCUUGGUCGCAGUAUGCCGUCACGGUGUACAUGAACUCCUUCCUGGACAAGCACAUUUCCCCUGCAGGCUGGAGCGUCUGGCAAACGAGCAACCCGCAGACCGACAAUGUUCUCUUUGGCGAGUUCAACAACAUUGGACCUGGCAACUGGACUGACUCGCGCGCCACCUUUGCCACCAAGCUCACCGAGGCACAGGCUUCCCAGUACAAGCUUGAGACCUUCAUUGGCAGCACGAGCUGGCUGGAUGCCAAGGCGUUUGCCUAUGUUCCCAGCUACAGCCUCACGUCAGUUGGAGCUGCCGACGUGCCGGGUCCUGUGCCCACCACCCCCGUCGUGCUCACGCACCCGACGAGCGGCACCGAGCCUCCUGCUGGCGCCGUCAUCGUGGGCGCUCCUGGCGCCAUCACCCGCCGCGCUGAUGGCAGCACCGCGGAAACCUUCAACAGCCUGACAGCUGCCCUGGCUAGCUUGCCAUCGGAUUCGUCGAACCAAAUCAUCUUCCUCUAUCCCGGUACCUACACUGAGCAGGUGCCUAGCAUCAACCGCCCGGGACCUGUCAUGAUCAUUGGAUACACGAGUGAUGCCCCUGGCAAGAGCUACAAGAACAAUCAGGUCACCAUCACCCAGGCUCGCGGUCUGUCCGUGUCCCCACCGCCUGCCGGUCACAGCAACUCCGAGACGGCAACCAUUGCUACGGCGAGCUCCAAGAUCUCCUGGUACAACAUCAACCUCGUCAACACGGAGAACCUGGACGGCGCGAUUCCCAGCUACGUCUCCCUCGCCGCUAGCGUCUAUGGCGACAAGAUUGGCUUCUACGGUUGCUCGUUUGUUGGCUGGCAGGACACCCUCCUGACGGGCGCAACGGCUGGCAACCAGUACUACGAGAGCUGCUACAUUGACGGUGCCAUCGACUUCAUCUGGGGCUACUCCAAGGCCUACUUCAAGGGCUGCACGAUUGCCGCGAAGCGAGCCAAGUCCGCCAUCACCGCUCAAAGCCGUGCGAGCCUGACUGCCAUUGGCGGUUACAUCUUUGAUCAGUGUCUCUUCACCGAGGCCCCGACCGCCACCGUCGAUCUCAAGGGCCAGGUCUACCUCGGCCGGCCCUACUCCAAGUUUGCGCUUGUCGUCGUCAAGAACAGUUUCCUCUCCGACGUUAUCCAGCCCGCUGGUUGGAAGGUAUGGUCCAAUACUGACCCUCGCAACGACUCGAUCACGUUUGCCGAGUACAACAACGCCGGCCCGGGCAACUGGGAGAACAACGCUGCCGCUCGUGCGACUUUCCGGGGCGCCUCUCUGCUCACCGCCGAUGACUACCCCCUCAGCAAGGUCAUGUCCAGCACUGACUGGAUCGAUCUGACCUACUGGGACCAGAUCCAGACGCCGCAGCCCGCCGUGGUACCCGUGACACCUGUUACGCCCACUGUCUAUGACGGCACUAAGCCUCCUGCCGGCGCCUUCAUCGUCUCCAAGACGCCCAUCGCUGGUCAGACCACGUAUGACACCAUUCAGGCCGCGCUCAACGCCCUGCCGACCUCGAAGCAGGUCACGCCCACCGUCUUCAUCUACCCUGGCACGUACAACGAGCAGCUGAUCGUCGCGCGGGCUGGUACCACCAUCCUCAUUGGCUACAGCUCGAACUCUGGCGACUACUCUCAGAACCAGGUCACCAUCAGCUUCGACAAGGGCAUCGACACGCAGGCCGACGCCUCCAACUCAGACUCUGCCACUGUUUACGCCACUGGUAACUACCUGCAGGCUGUCAACAUCAACUUUGCCAACACCUUUGGCACCGCAUCCAACUAUGCCUCGCUCGGCUUUGGUGUCAAGAGCAGCAAGUACGCCUCGCUGUACGGCUGCCAGGUCUACGGCAACCAGGACGCCCUGCUCAUCAACGGUUUCCUCUUUGCCUCGCACUCCUACAUUGAGGGCAACGUCGACAUGAUCUGGGGCAGUGGCGCCGCGUACUUCCUCGCCAGCACCAUCGCACCGAACCGCGACGGCAUCGCCCUGACGGCCAGCAAGCGCGCCACCGACACAACCCCCGCCGGCUUUGUGUUCGACCAGUGCACCGUUACGCCUGCCAAGGGAGCCAAGUACACUUCCGUCUCGCUUGGUAGGCCCUGGAACGCCAACGCUCGCGUGGCCUACAUCGACAGCUUCCUCGACUCGUGUAUCGAAGCCAACGGCUGGGAUCACUGGACCAAGAAUGAUCCUCGCACGGCUGGGGCCAUUUUUGGCGAGUUUGCCAACGACGGUCCCGGCUCUGAUCUGAGCGCCCGUGCUGCUUUUGCCACCAAGCUCACGGCUGCUGAUGCGGCCCAGUUCGAGCUGGCGACCUUCUUCCCGGCGGGAAUUUCGUGGAUCAACAUGACUUUGGUCUCAGCCACGCCGUUCAAGGCCGGUGCCGUUGUGCUACCCAGUGCCACGAUCAGUGCCACGUCUGCUACAACAACAACAACGACGACGACAUCGACAUCGACAUCGACAACGAGCUCCGUUCCCGCCACGACUGUGACUGUCUUUACCACCAAGCUGUCGACCCUGAAGGAGACCACAAGUACUACUGUCCAGGCUCUUGACACGACGGUGACGCUCAAGGCUACUGCGACAUUCGAUGCCGCCACCACCAUCACACCUGCCGUCGAAACCAAGACGACUUUGAUCCGCUCUACCGAGAUUAAUGUGGCCACUGUCCAGGAGCCAGACACCACGAUUGUCCGCAAGGCCACCAUCACGGUCAAUGUCGGAACGACCGUCACACCCAACCCUGUCACGCAGACGUCCACCUCGCUCGCCACGUCGACCAACACGAUCAUCGUCACCAAGACUGCCGAGCCCAGGACCAUCACCUCCACCACGCUGACGACCAGCACGGCGACUAGCACCCCCAAGGGCGUCACCACCACGCAGGUCAUCCGCUCGACGGCCUUUUUCACCAAGACGACGACUCGCAAGCCCGUCACGGUCAAGUCGACGUCGACGAUUGUCAUUGGCGACGGCAGCGUCACCACCGUGACUGCCAAGGCCUUGACCGUCUCGACGACUGUGUUCAAGACUGUCGUCUCGAGGGCCAAGAAGACGACGACGAUCAAGUGCAUCCCGACCAAGGCGCCGACGAAGCGCGACCUGUUUGAGUUUGAGGAUUUCUCCAAGCGCGACGACUUUGAAGACUACGAAAGCGACCCCGAGGUUGCCUAUGUCGAGGUUCGCGCCCUUGGUGACGUGACUGUGACUGUGACCGUCCUGUCGACGCUCAGCACCUACGUCAAGACGGCCACUGUCACGCUGCCUGGCAGCACGUCGACGACGGAGCUCGUCACGACCAAGACUGUUGGCAAGCCUGUCACGCUCAAGGCUGUGACGGCGACGCAGACGAUUGUGACGGUGCAGACGCGGGCGACGACGACGACGCUCCCCGGUCGCACCGAGACAACGACGGCCACGGCUGUCGUCUCGGCUGGCAAGACGUCGACUCUGAAGCCGGCUACCGUGUCGGUGGUGGUGCAGUCGACUCGUACCGUGACGGUGCAAUCGACGACAACGCUGCCUGCGGCGAUCCAGAACGUGGUCCGCACGCAGACGCGUCACACCACGGUCGUGCUGCCACGGCAGACGGCGGCGGUGACGGUGCGCGAGAACUCGGCGCAGACCAACACUGUCAUCUUGCCGGCGUCGACGGCCACGCGCUGGACCACGGUCCGCUCGACGGUCAAGCCUUCGGGCACCAUCACGAACCGCGCGACGGUGACCAAGACGAAGACGUCGGAGGUCAAGUCGACGGUGACGAGCUGGGUGACCAAGACCAGCAAGGGGGCCAAGACGUGCACGGCCUAA